CUUCCAUUAAUGUCGAACUCUUCCUAAACCCUUUACUUCACAUUUCCUUCUCUUUCUCUUCCUCCGUCAAAAACCCUAAUUGAUUCUUCUUUCUGGUUGCGAUUGAAAUGGAUCCUUGUCCAUUUAUCCGUCUUACGAUCGGGAAUCUAGCUUUGAAAGUUCCGUUAGCGGCGAAGACUACGAGCUCCGUCGUGCAUCCGUCGUCUUCUCCUUGUUUUUGUAAAAUCAAACUCAAAAACUUCCCGCCGCAAACCGCUGCAAUCCCGUACAUUCCUCUGGAGACGACUCAGUUUCCGGAGAUCCAAACCCUAGCCGCCACGUUUCAUCUCAGCAGCUCCGAUAUUCAACGCUUAGCUUCCAGAUCUAUUUUUACUUCUAAGCCAUGUCUUAAGAUUUUGAUCUACACCGGAAGAGCCGGCGCUGCUUGCGGCGUACACUCCGGUCGUCUUCUGGCGAAAGUCUCCGUACCGUUGGAUCUAUCUGGUACGCUAUCUAAACCGUGCGUCUUCCACAACGGAUGGAUAUCCGUCGGAAAAGGAGCUGGGAAAUCGUCGUCGUCGGCUCAGUUUCACCUGAAUGUGAAGACGGAGCCUGAUCCUAGAUUCGUUUUUCAGUUCGACGGCGAGCCUGAAUGUAGUCCUCAAGUCGUUCAGAUUCAAGGAAAUAUCCGGCAACCAGUUUUCACAUGCAAAUUCAGUUGCCGGCACACCGGUGAUCGUACUCAGAGAUCAAGAUCAUUGCCGACUGAGACAAGUGUUCCACGGAGCUGGCUAAACUCGUUCGGGAGUGAGAGAGAACGUCCAGGGAAAGAGCGAAAAGGAUGGUCCAUAACAGUUCAUGACUUGUCCGGUUCUCCAGUGGCCAUGGCGUCAAUCGUCACUCCAUUCGUUGCAUCUCCUGGAACCGAUCGUGUGAGCCGGUCAAACCCUGGGUCAUGGCUUAUACUGCGUCCCGGAGAUUGUACCUGGAGACCGUGGGGGAGACUAGAAGCAUGGCGGGAACGCGGUGGAGCAACUGAUGGUCUUGGUUACAGAUUCGAACUCAUCCCAGACGGAUCAAGCGGUGCAGGAAUCGUGCUUGCCGAAUCUACCAUAAGUUCUCACAGAGGUGGGAAAUUCUCAAUAGAAUUGGGAUCGUCUUCUUCUUCAUCGUCGCCAACAAGUGGCGUGAACCGAUCAAGAAGCCGCAGAGGUGGGAGCAAUGGAAGCGGUGGAGGAGCAUCGCCGGCGAAUAGUCCGAGAGGAGGGAGUGGCGAUUAUGGUUACGGAUUGUGGCCGUGGAACGUGUACAAAGGGUUUGUGAUGUCAGCAAGUGUGGAAGGUGAAGGGAAAUGUAGUAAGCCUUGUGUAGAGGUGAGUGUGCAGCACGUUAGCUGUAUGGAAGAUGCGGCUGCUUACGUGGCGCUUUCUGCAGCCAUUGAUCUAAGUAUGGAUGCUUGCAGGUUGUUUAAUCAACGGAUGAGGAAAGAGCUUUGCCAUGAGUCACUGAGCUGAAGAAAAGAUAAGAAUUUUAUUUUU